AUUACGCAGCGGGAAUAAAAAAACACCAAAUGCUUACAAGAAAUUUUCGAAAUUUGAAAGACCGUUCGUUUCGUUGUCUUUGAUUUCCCCUGCUGCAAAUUUGAUCAAAGAUCAUCGGAUUCAUCAUUCGGUAGCAGCAAUUAUCAAGUUCUCGUAAUCGUUUCUAUGCUCCGAGCUCCGUUUUGGGGACGCGAUUCAGAUACUGUCGAAGCUUCUCGAAUUUUCUAAAUAUAUCUCUUUCUCCUCUCUCGAAUCUGUAUGUUUUUUGAGGGAUUUCGUAGAAAUUUUACCUAGAUUCUUCUAGAUCUGAUCGGAAAUUUAGGAUUAGGAUUCAAAAUUUUCAGUCUCAGUGACUAAUUGAUAGUGAAUCGCAACCUAGUUAUGGAAUCGUUGGGUCGAAUUGUUCGUGGUGGCGUCGAAAUUUUAAUUUCGAAAUCUUUGUGCAGUCGUACAAUUUGAAAACUCUAAGAACCGGAAUUUCUACGAAUGCUGCAAUGGAUGGGAGGAUCGAGGCGGAAAGUAGCCGCUUCACACACGUCAGUGAAGAAGAGGCAAAAACAAUAUUUUGAGCAGAGGAGACAGCAACAGCAUCAGUUCACAGUUGGGUCUGAGAGCUGUAGUAAUGAUAUAAACAAUAGUAAUCAACACUUAAGAGAACACCAAUCUCUGGAUAUUCUCAAUUUGCUGAAUUUGUCAACCGCUACUCCUGAAUGCAAACCUUCUGGUCCAGAAAAUGGAAUGCAAGAUCUGGAUGCUGAUUUUUACAGCCUUAAGGACAACAUGUCCGGAGUAGGAAGUUCAUUUAACCAUAUAGCAGAACCUACUUCCUCUAAGAGGACUUUGUUUAGUAUCCCUGACAACCAGACAAAUGAUUUCAAGAAAGCAAACACUGACAACCAGACAAAUGAUUUCAAGAAAACAAACACCACCGCAGAUCUGAUGGAUGGCACUGAGCGGAAGUUAUCUGUCUUUGAUUUGGUUGGUGAUGAUCAUACAACAACCAACCUGGAAGAAUGUUCUCCGUCUGAGGCUCACAUGGCAUUUUCAGUCGAAGGAUUAGGUAAAAUAAACACGGAAACUCCAGUUAAUUCCCCACAACCAUCAGACAGAACUUUUGUGUACCGGUGCUCCUCUCCAUGGAAGGAUACUGGUCAACCAGAUACAUCACAUGUCAGGGGAAGGCUCAACGACUUUGAGAACGAAGUGGACACAAUGAUUCAAAGUAGCAAAAUGUUCCAAGAUGACAGCCUUUAUAGGUCUCCAAUUGGCAUACAUGCUAAAGAUGGGGGCAGAAAGCAAAAACUGCAAACUUUCAGUGAUCACUUGCACAAACAAUAUAGCGACUCUAGAAAUUACUUCUGUGACGUUGCAGAUUUCAACAACAGCAGGUUCUCUGACGAUGAAUGGAAUGCUAAGCCCGCCUUUCUUGAUGACGGGGAAGAUAGUUUUUACUGGAAGGCCGAACAGCCAUGCCAAAAGGAGAGUUUGAACCCUGAUUUCCUGAAAUAUUGCAAUGAUUGCACUGAGAGUCGCUCUUCUACAGAACACCAUAGGAAAAAGAAGAGGGAUUACCUGGAAACGACCUGGAGGUCCAACAUUAGAGAUUCACCAACUCGAAGAUCACAUCUUUUAAAAAGGAAUAUCGAUUAUCCAAGUUUCGCAAAGGCAGCAACCUCCGACUUUGAUUUUGACAAUGUAUUUGACCGACCGGUUUGGUCAUCCAUUGUACUUGAGGAAGAUAAAGACAGCCAUAGUUUGCGUAGCGAAGAAUCUUGCUCGUCUAGUGCAGUUUGGACCAAUGAAACCCACAAUUCACAGUUUGAGACCAACACAAGACAAAGGAAAAGGGAAACUAAUAAGUUUAGCAACCUUGGAGACAAAAAGUAUAUCAAUACUGACCUUUUCCAAGAAUCGUGGGAAGACUGGGAAGUGGAUGAUCAACAUAUGAAGAGACAAGUUAGGUCUGGAAAGCAGGGCAGACUAUCAAACUCAGGAAAGUUAAAAUCUACCAGUCAGAGAAAGGGUGGUCUAGACGCGUCUUACGAUUGGUUUGGAGAAGGAUUUACAUCAGCAGGAAUAAACUCAGAGAUUACAAGUGAGAGGAAUAAGCCAUAUCCUUUCCUAAACCCUGAGCGUGGUUCCUCUCACUGGCGUUCAUCUCGUGCCCCUGAUUCUAUUCCGGAAACAUGGAUUCCCAAGUUUUCAGUAGGAGGCACCGGAGAUGAUGAUGAUGGUGACCACGAUGAAGAGGACUAUGUAAACUGUUUAUCAGCAAACCAUAAAUCUAAACUAGCAGGAGACACAUGCGGUUUUGAGAAUGACACGUUAUCAGAGAACGAUAAUGAGCAAAGCAGAGAAGUAAAUCACCCAAAAAAUCAGGGAGAUGAGACCUCAUCAUCCAUUGCAAAGAGCCUCUCAGACGAAAAUGAGUAUUGUUGUUAGAUGUAACCCCAACAAGGAGGUCAUGGAAGCUCGUCACCAAAGAAACAGAGAAUCAGGAGAAAAGACAAGUAGAGACCCGUUCCAACAAAUGAUAAUGCUGGAAAGACGCACACUUCAGCUCGUUUGUUUUAACAAGGCAUUGCUUCUUGACUCUUUAAAAACUUAGGUAAGAAAUUCAUAUCCAUAUCUUGGGUCUUUAGUUCAAGUUAUCACCAAAUCUGAUAUGUUUCUUAAGCAUAAGGAAAAAAGUGUUAUUUUUGGUUAUAUCUUUCAUUGAGCAUGCACCACUAGGUUACACAGAUAUAAACACCAACCAUAUCUGGUUGUCGAUAUAGCGUUUGUACCUACCUUUUACAUGCAACCGUGUUUGUCACUUACCCACGUUCUGUCUUUACUAUUUGAGACGUUCUUGUUGGUCUAUACUUCAUGAAGGCAAAUAUAAUCACGUAAAACAUGUUUGUGACCAAAUUUAGGUAGACAUGGUUUUUUGCAUAGUGAGUUUCAUUUUUUGUUUUUUUUCCCUUUUAAAGAUUCCAAAUUCAUUCCUGUAACAUUAACACAUGCCGUUGAUUUUCACAAAAGCCUAUAUGGCUUAUAUAUGACAUAUUUUUACUCUGAUACUCGAUAUUUGAGUUAAUAAAGUUCAUAAUGCGUACUUUUCUUUUAGAAAUGUGGUAUACUUUAUUGUUUUUUUAUACUUUAAUUAUAUGAGGGGUAAUGAGAUGCCAUGAUAUUAGUAUUGUAAUUAUAUAUUUUAUGAAUAAGAUAAACAAAAAAAUGUCUAUUGCAAGCUGGGAACGUGAGCCCCAAUUACAGCUGUGUGUGUGUAUCAGGCAUUAUUGCAGUUUCUAUCAGUUGAUUCUGUUUCUUACAUGCCGUCCUACAAAAUCCUUUGCAUGUUAAUUAAUUACUUAAAAAAUAUCCUAACUAUAUUAUUUAUUUCUAAGUAUACAUAAAUAUUAGAAAAUAACAUGAUUAUGAUGUUGUGACCAGAGAAAAAAAAAAUCUUCAAGAUCACGAGUUUGAAUACCAAUGACAAAACAAUAACUCUUUAACAUGUUUUGGUCCCGAGUGUGAAUUAAGAAUAUUGCAGCUUAUGUUUUUGGUUAAAAGAGAAAAGAAGAAAGGUGAAUCAAGAAUAUUGCGGCUGUUUGUUUCUCAUGUGCAACAUGUGUGGUACGAGAUUGAUGAUUCUUGUUACGUUAGCCAACAUCGCGUGAUGACAACUAUUCUAAGACGAGGUUUCACAUGG